GUUGAAAGUUUGUUACGCUAAAUGCAAGUUUAAAGCGAGGUGACCCUCGCGGCAAUAAGCGACCUUCAGAACCGGAUUUGGCAUGUCCUUUGAAAAAAACAUUCCUAACUUUACAGGCUAACAAGUUACUGAUAAAGCAAAAUCAUAACUUAUUCGUUAUUGUGAUAUGAAUGGCGUAAAACGUUCAUUUAAGUUAUCUACAUUUUUAAUUUCCACUGGAGUUCCUUCAUUCGAUGAGUUACUUGGUGGUGGUGUGAUUUUAGGAAGUAUCAUUCUUAUUGAACCAGAUUUUCAUCAAACCUAUGCAAAACUUCUUCUAAAUUUAUUCACAGCAGAAGGUAUCAUAUCAGGUCAUAGUAUAUUCUAUGGUGCAACUGAGACAUUGGACAAUUUACUAUGUAAAUUACCAGACUGUACAAAUUCUGUUGAUGAAGUGAAAGAAGAAAUUUCAGAUCUUAAAAUUGCUUGGCGUUAUCAAAAUAAUCCUAAUACUAAGAAUGUAAAUUCAUCUGCGUCAAAUUUUGGACAUCAUUUCAAUAUGUCUGUCCCAAUGAAUACAGCUGCUCGAAUAGCUGAAAAGAAUGUAUCAACUUUUUAUUUUCAACCGGAUAGUAGAAAAGCAUUGCAUAUUAACCUCUUUAGUUUAAUUAGAAAAUUAAUUAAUUUUCUAUCAACUGCAAAAAUGUCUUCAGGCAUACAACGGAUAGUGCUAAACUCAUUUGGUUCUCCAAUGUGGGGUUAUUGCAAAGAUACUCAACAGUUCUACAAGAAUAUGCUUAGUUUCUUUGCUACUUUACGCCAGCUUAUUCAAAACAGUCGCUGUACAGUUUUCAUCACAUUACCUACAAUAAAGCUACCGCCUGGUCUAUUAACUCGUAUCUCGCAUUAUUGUGAUUAUGUAUUUCAAGUACAAAGUCUAAGUGAUCAGAUACAGGCAAAUCCAGUGUAUUCUGAAUAUGAUGGUCUACUCACAGUGAAUCGCAUUCCUUGGUUAGUUAGUGGCAAUACACUUGAACCAGCUUUCAGAUCAACUACACUUGAAUGGUGUUUCAAAAUAAAACGUCAUCAAUUAAUUGUACAGCAUUUUCACUUACCACCUUGUCUAUCCGAUACAGUAAAUAGAUCCAAUGCACCGGAAACAAUUUUCGCAUGUUCUACAUCGCGUCAAAAUCAGUUGGAAUUUUGAAUUUGCCUACAUACUACUCCUAAUACUACUACUACUACUACCAUAGAAAACAACGGAGAGAAAGAUCAACAAACCUGUUUCUUUUUUGUUUUGUACACUGUUAUUGAAAUAAAUUCACAUAACAAUUCUUAUUAUUCUUUCUGA